GCCGCAACAUGAUCCUCUGGAAAGUCUUUCUUGCCCUGCUAUUGUGGUCUGUCCCGACCGUUGCCACCGGAAGGGGGGAGACUUGCGACAAUGAUGCUCUGUUGAACGAACCCAUCGGCAUCGACCUCGGCCAUCAUCUGGUCUCUGCCGCCUAUGCCUACUCUCUAGACAAUCUCACUUUUCUAGGCGCGGUUGGCCACCAGGGCUACCAGCAGCAGAUCAUGGAAUUGGCCAUGGAUCACUUCGGGCAAUCAGGGUGGAUGUCAUCGGGAAAAGGGUCAUGGUCGACGUCGACCCCGCUGGCGCUUCUGGGCAGCGCCGUUGGGCGCCUGUUCGAGGGGUUCGACGCAAAAUAUCCCAUCAGCAGCCACCCGUAUAUCGCCUGGACUCGAGAUUCACUCCAAUCCCUACGUGCUAGUGUCUUCCGCAGCUACGAGAAGAUCCCCUCCCCCAUCCGACGCCACAUCAAGGCCUUCCUCGAGUCGCGCGGCCUGCUUACGCAAGACUUCACUGAAACACUCACCGAAGUCUUCACCGAGCUCCAGACCACCGUGUGGGAUGAACACGGCGUCAACAUCACCUGGGCUAUUGUAGCCGUCCCGGACUUCUUCAACGAGGCGCUCAAACACGCCGUCCUGCAAGCCGGGCAGCAGGCGGGGAUCACAAUCCUCGAGGCCGCACUGCCCCCGCGCUCCUUCUGCACGCACUACCUGAAUCCGGCAAUUGACCAGGAAGCUCGGAUCUUGAUCAUUCACCAGGGGCAGUUUCAUUGUGGCGCCCAGUUCUACGACGGGUCGCCCAAGCGUCGUCGCGCCCGUCGCGGCCUCCCGGGGUAUCGGUAUAUGCCGCUGAUGCCGUGGGCGAGUGAACGAAUCCAGCGCAAGCUCAUGGAUGAGCUUGUGCGCGACGACGAUCAUUUGAGGGCUCUGGUGGAUGGGGGGAGAGAACGGGUGUUGUUGAGGAGUACGAUACAGGAGACGAGGCUGGCGUUGAAGGGGUAUGACUCGACAGUGGAGCUGAUGUGUGGUCUGAAGGUGUCGCUGGAGAGUCAGCUCGGCGGUGGUCAUAGAGGGGAAGAAGACGCGGCAAUGCUCGACGAACUUCCGCUCAACCUAGACUCUUGGUGGCCGCAUGGGAACGUUCCCGACCUCGUCCUCACGCGAAGCCAGAUCGCGGCGGUGGAGGACGAGUAUGUGGAGUCUCUGGCAGGUACUCUUCAGGCGUACUUGCAAGUUACCCAAGCAUUCUCGGAGCCACCCCAGAGGAAUGGCACAAAGAGUCUCGAGAGACUCGACUACGUGAUCGUCUUGACGGAUCACUUUGAUGGCGAGCUUGUGCACCGUGCUGUCCAGGAGGCCUUUGGGGAGGGAAUUCAAAUUAUUGGAUCGUUGCAGGAAAUUGUGAUGGCGGCGGAGGGUGCUGCGCGGUUGGCCUGGAAGCGCAGGCAGAAUCUACUUGCAAGUCGCAAUAUCGCAGGGAUUGAGCAUGAUGAGCUUUAAUGGUGGACGUAUCGAAAUGUCCGGGCUUAUCGAUGGCUGUAGUGCCAACCAUGUAUAUAUAUAUAUAUUAUCCA